GAGAGGAGAGCGAACCAGCGAGCUGAGGGUGGGGGAAAUCACUUUGGUCUACAAGAGCUGGGCGACUGACAUUUGUUCCUAUUCUGAUUCGCAGGGGAUUCGUGUCCUUGACUAUUUCUUGAUUUCGAUUUGAGACAUCUAAUGUGAUUAGAGGGAGAUACUUCGACUGGGCUACUUCUAUUCAUAAUAAUAUUUAUUUCACCAUGGCGGCUGGCGGUGGAGCAGGCAACAAAACCUACUCUUUCAAGGUGGUUUUGUUGGGAGAGGGCUGUGUCGGAAAGACGUCGCUCGUGUUGCGGUAUUGUGAAAAUAAAUUCAACGACAAACACAUCACCACACUUCAGGCGUCCUUCCUCACGAAGAAGCUCAACAUCACAGGGAAGAGGGUGAAUCUGGCCAUAUGGGAUACAGCAGGUCAGGAGCGGUUCCACGCGUUAGGGCCAAUCUACUACAGAGACUCCAAUGGAGCUAUAUUGGUCUAUGACAUCACAGAUGAGGACUCUUUCCAGAAGGUGAAAAACUGGGUCAAAGAAUUGAGGAAAAUGUUGGGGAAUGAGAUCUGUUUAUGUAUAGUAGGUAAUAAAGUAGAUCUGGAGAAGGAGAGACAUGUAUCAGUGGAAGAGGCAGAAGGGUAUGCAGAGUCAGUGGGGGCAAAACACUAUCACACGUCAGCCAAACUAAACAAAGGAAUAGAAGAACUAUUUCUGGACCUGUGUAAAAGAAUGAUGGAGACGGCCCAAGCGGAGGAGAGGGCGAAGGGUAACGGAGCCAGCCAGUCAACAUCAUCACGGAGGGUACAGAUCGUGGACGACGAGCCCCAAGCCGCCACGGCCGCGGGGGGCUGCUGCUCAUCCGCUUAACCCCCCCACCUCCACGUCCCAACUUACCCCAUCCUCCCCCUUUCCAACCCCCCU